ACUGGAUAGAGAGGAGGUAAAUAGCGGUAUAAUAGGCGAGGUUCAGACAGAACAAAACAAACUUUUGAAAGAACCAAAAUCAGAAGGGUAGCAUUUUCGUGAAGUUGCGAGGCAAAAUCAUCUUCAGAUGUUUAUAAAACGUAUGAAGCUGGAGGAAAUAUGAAGUCCAGCACAGUAACUGCAUUGUAUAUGACACCAAUUCAGACUUAUUAAUGUGGCAGUAACAGUGUAACAGUUUCGUGAUGACAAGGUAAGGCAUCUUGGGACAUGGAUUGAGAUUGCUGCAGCAGGAUCUCAAGUGCCCCCUUUUAUUGCUGUCAUCAUGCUUUCCAGUUCCCGUAAGAAGGACUCAACAGCAAGUUGUGACAGCUUGGCUGGAAAGUACAUCAAGAAGGAAUCUCCAUCAGGGGUUCCCAUCAUAAACGUAUGGCCAAAUCCAGGUCAAAAUGAUGUCAAGAAACGGAAAAGCACCGUUACCCCACCCUAUGUCAGCAGUAGUAAUCCACCUUCUCACAACGCAUCUUUGUUAGUAAAUAGGUACUCAACUGGAUCUAGAACACCAUUGAAUGGCAUGUCACAUGGAGGAAUUGAAGGAAAAUAUACUCCUAACAUAGGAGAAGUUGCCCAGCGUCUAGGUGGCCUGUACCUUGGUAGCCGUGGAAGUUUAGAUGGCAUGCUGAAACAACAAGCACCUUCGUCCCCAGCUUUAUUUAACCACACUUAUAUAAAUCAUUAUACUGGAUCUCAGCGCAGCCUUGACCAGAUUCUGUAUGGUCCUAGGGCAUCUGUUGACCAGCCAACUCAAGGUGUUAGUUUUUCCUUCAUGAUGCAACCUGGACAAAAGCAACAACAGCCACAACAGAGACAGAAUUUAUCCCAGUCUUCAACCCAUAUUGGAAGUGGAUCACCACAGCCUCCUUCUCCACGUUUAGAACAAGAGCUUCCUCUUCCGCCUGGUUGGUCUGUAGACUACACUUUACGAGGCCGUAAAUAUUACAUCGAUCACAAUACAAAGACAACGCACUGGUCACACCCACUUGAGAAGGAAGGAUUGCCAGCCGGGUGGGAACGGAUAGAAUCCCUAGAACAUGGAGUGUAUUAUGUAAAUCAUAUAACUCGACAAGCACAGUAUGAACACCCUUGUGCUCAACAGUAUCUGACAAGAAUUCCUGAGGAAAAUGCCUUAGCAUCACACAGACCCUUGCCUAUACCCCACCAUACUGAGUUCCGUCAGCCUUUGUCUCUUAUGCCGGCUUCACCUUAUUUGCAUGAAGAAAUUCCAUACUGGCUACAUGUGUACUCCCAAGCAUCCCCCGAGCAUGAUCACAAGUUACGAUGGGAAUUAUUUAGACUUCCAGAACUUGAUAGUUACCAAGCAAUGCUUAAUAGACUUUUUAAACAGGAACUUCAUGGGAUUGUCAUGAGCUAUGAAAUGUAUCGCAUAGCUCUCACCCGUGAAAUUGAAAGAAGAAUGCAGCAAAUGAACAUACCUACUCAUGGAUCAAGUGGUUUUGGAAGUGGUGUGACAAUAACAGAAAUUAAUGAUGACUGUCCCAGUAAUGAAAGUGCUUCCACACCAGAUCACUUAAAACAACAAAUAUUGAAUGCAGACAACUUGUUUGAAUCUAAAGUGUAGGACUAAUGCAGUUUUUUUGAAACAUAGUAUGGGUCCAUGUGGUUUUCUUCAAAUUUUUUUAUUUGCUUACUGUGGCAGCUUUGUGGGGACAAUUGUUAGUGCCUUUUUUAGAAUGUGGUUGAUUUAGUCUUUAUAUCUGUGAUCAUUAGAAGUAAUGUUUGGCUCUGCACUGAAGUAUUGGAUUUUAUGUGUUUUCACUGCACUCUCCUUAUUUUAUUGUUGCCAAAGAUCAGAGCUUAGCUGACAGUUGCUUUAGCACUUCUCUCAAGUAGUUUGAAGUUCAAACAUGACGUGUCUCGAGCUUCAGCAGUUGUACGUUUGGAGGAGGGUGUAUCAUCUGUAAGGCCUUGGAAUUGUCAGAAUUCAUCCUACAAAGUUUUCACGUAUCUUCUAACAGUAUCUGAAAUACUCAGCGUCGUAGCUUAGAGGUUUACAGUAUAUCUUUAAAAUGGGGUUUGAUGCUUUAAUGGAGUCCAUAUCAGUCAUAGAAUCCUUGAAGGAGUCUCUGUCAGCUUAUGACAAGAAGUGUACUUCCUUGUACAAUUUAGCUGAUCAAAUUACUGGGAUUGAAAGGUGUGAGAAGGGGCUUUUCAACUUCCAUCCGGAUACAUUUCAUCACCUUCAGAGCAGUAUUACAUCAAAAAUGAUUAGUGAGCUAAACAAUCUCACACUUAUCAUAUCAGAUAUGGAAAGGCAGAAGACAUCCAUGGAAUCUGUUGUCACCCGAAUGGAGUCGCAGUGCAAAUCUUUGGUCAAUACCAAUCCAAAUAGUGAAGCAUUUGCCCAGCUCAGAACUGUUUAUGCCAUUUCAAAUUACUUAACAACUUUGAUAGAUAUGAAGAGAUUCCACCUUGAAACAAUGGAUCCCAGUGAUGUAAAAUCAAUUUCAAAAGCAAGGAAGGACACAAGUUGCAAACCUAUUGAGAAGGAACUUGACCGAUAUGUUGUUGCAUCAAAAAAGAAGUGAUCAAGUAGGAUGAGUUUUUCAGCUGUGAUAUAUUUUGUUCAGUUGUCACAUUGUGACUCUUUGAUUUGAUAUAAUACUAUUUUCACAGUCACCAGGUGAAAGGGGAUGUACACGUGUGGGAAGGGCAUGUAACUCCUUUUUUCCUUCUUUAAAUUAAUAUUGUACUGGCAUUAUAGUUGUUUAAGAUUUUUCCUCUUGUUGUAGGACCAGGUCUCUGGUCAGUGUUUCAGUCACAUUGAUAAUAUAAUGAAAUAUAAACUAAAGGAGGGAAAAACAGUCUGUGAUUUCAUCCAAGCCACUGCUAUGAGAGGGCUACCCUGCUUUUUAAAGUAUUUAUAUUUUAUGCUUGUAAAGCAUGAGAUAACCUGUGACUUGACAGCUAUUACUCAUUGGAAUUUAUGUGUAAUGCUUUUUCUGUAAUGUGUUGUUACCUAGAGUUCUGUAGGUUUGAGAGGUUUAUGUGCUGGGCAGUGAACUGCAUUUGUUAAAUGUCUAAUGAACCUCAUAAAUCAAGUAGGUGAUUCUUUGCAAUUUUCAUAAUUUAUUUGAAAACAAGGUCUGCUUGAAUAUUCUGCAAACUUUAAAACCCUGUGUUAAAUUAAUUAAGUUCAGAAAAAUAAAAAGAAUACAAAAGUUGAGUUAACUGACAGUUAACUAUUACUACCUUUCAUUUGUUGAAUUGCAAUUAGAACUGAGGUUUAGGAACUGAUAGGUCUUGAUGAAGAGUAAGUAAACAAGAAAGAAUAGUUAAGCACUAAUACGUGUUUUUGCCAGAAGUAUUUUUUGUUUUGUUGUGUAAAAACACUAUUCAUUAUAAACUCAUUUCUUUUAUAUAGCCUAUGUGUUAUUGGAGGGUGAUACCACACUUAUCAGUUCAUUUUUAGAAGAAAUAGAUCAGGUGACAGAUAUUUUAGUAAGCUCACUGAUGGUGCUUGUAUUAAGUCACAUGUUACUGAUGAUAGUCCAGGUGCUAUUCCAUUCCAUUUUUAAUCUUCCCAGCCCCCUUUUAUCUUCUCCAUGUUUUUGUUUUCCCAUCAGUUCUUCUCUUGUACCAACAUCCUCAAGUUUAUGUUAAUUGCUUUGUUCAGUAGGUUUUCAAGAUACGACCUUUAUUGUUUCAUUAUUUCAUUAUAGUAUUUUCAACUGUAAUUUCUCCAUAUUCAUCACUUAUUUCCUUUGACAUAUUUAAUGCUUUUCCAUUAUUGGUCAGCCUCUACUAUUGAAUGCUUUUUCCUAACGUUCUGGUACGUUGAGAUUCUGAUAACAUUCCUCCCAGUUUUUCUUUUCUCCCCUCCCACUUGCCUUUUAGUUGCCCUUGCUUAACAUGUAUACAUCUCUAUCCUUUUCCUAGGUCCUUUAUUUUUCUUUUUUUUUAUUUUCUCUCGGUCCAGCUUGGAAUUUAUUCAAGGUGUUUCCUCCUAAAAUUCUUCCUUUCAUGACCUCAUUUUUCCCUACUGGGUUUAUUAAAGGAGCCUCUUUGGAAACUCAUUGCUGCUAAGACUAGAGGAUGUUUGUGCUGGUAUGCCCUUCAGUCACAGUAAGAAUGAUUUCCAGCCCUAUAAUCCAUGGUAGCUAUCAGUUCAUGGAAUCUCCCAGCUUGGAAAAAGUUUCCCAAGAAAUCAUACUUGUUACUUUUCAUCCAGAAAAGUAGGAAUCUUUCAGCACCUACAUGAUACUUUUGUUGCAUUAGGCAAAAUGUUCCUUUGACUGAGUAAAUGGAAGGAUUGUUGUGAUCAAUUCUUCUGUUCAAUUUUUUUCUUGGACAAGGUCAGUUGAUUAUUUUGUUUAUCACCUUUUUUCCUAAAAGGGCAUUCUUAAUUUCUUCUUGUAAGUUCAUCCUUGGCACACCCCCUUUGGCCAUGUAUUACUCGCAUCUACUUUUCCUCAGCCAUUGCAUUCUGACUUGCUUUGAAGAGGUUAAUGAAUGUGUUGUUUGGGCUCUUCCACCAGUGUUUACUUUCCUCCAAUUUUCAAAUGUUUCUAGCCCAACUCAACCAUCUUAUUCGUGGAGUUUUGGGUUUUCCUAUGCAUAUUUGCCCAGAAGCUCCAUUGUCCCUUCAGGUCCCUUCUCCAAAGAGAAGCGGCUCAAGUGUGCUAGUCAGGCCAUGUAAAGAUGAUGGGUUACAAAAGAAAUGCAGUUUUCUAGAAACAAAACUCAUGUUUUAAUAACCCAUUACCUUGACUAAAGAGUCCUCUUACUGACCCCACUGCUAUAACACUGUGGGAUCAGGAUGGACCACACAAAGAAUGACGAGUCAUCAGCUGGGGUUAAGGGACCAUAGGCACAUGCCUUAAUAUAGCGAAGUCACCAGAUCUUUUCUCCUACAAGAUAGUUGACAUGUCUGGAAUUGCUUGUGACUUGUGAAGAUCAGUGUAGUUUUAAAAGAAUGUGAUUUUUUAGGGUUAAUUGGGGCUUAUAUCAGAAAAAAGGCCUGAUAAGUUUUUAGCUGUCCCUUAUUGCAUACCAGAUAAUAAGGAUAAUGGUUUAAUUCCAGAUGAAACUUCAUUUUAUUGUAUUAACAUGUUACUGUCAGCAAAUUAAAAUGGUUCUUUUGAUGAUGGUGAUGCCUCUAUGUCACAGGUUAUGUAUGAAAUGUGGUGAUUGAGAUUUUUCAGUGGGAUUUUAAAUUGCCUUUUGAACUGGAUGAUUUUAAAAUUAUCUCAUAGGAAUUUAUGUUAAAUCAUUAUUUUUGUUUCUUGUGUUUUCAUAAGGAAUUUGUUAGUAAAUGGUAGUUUUAGAUUAAAGUGUAUUAUUGUACAUAAAUUUUUGUGACUUAUCUUCCAGUACAUUUUCAGUUUGCUUACAGUUAUGGCAUUAAAGUAAUUAGAGGUAUUUAUAUGGAACUUUAUUUUUAAGAUUUUAAUAGCAAUCAGUUUGAAAAUAAUUAGAGUAGUUCACAAGAUAUCAGACCUAAUCUUUCUUAGUUAUGAUUUUUUCCCUUGUUCUUUAAAAAAAAAUUAUAUAGAAAUGAAGUAGACCAAACUUUGAAUUUAAAAAGUACCUCUCAGUGGUAAAUAAGUAUUAUUAAGGAGUGGUGUAGUAAGAGUUAUUUUUAUAGUAGCUCUCAGUAUUCAAAAGUUUUGUAUGAUAGAGCAUGCUAUUUUCAUGAUGACUAGAUUUCCAUACUCUCUAUUAAUAUUUAAGAAAUAACGUAAUUUUGUACAGUAACUCUCUUUUGUAUAAGAAUGAAUUCUGUUACAGGUGUUGAGAAAAUGAUAUAGUAAAUAAUGUUCCAAUUAUUGAUUUUGUUUAUUGUAUACUAAUAGAAAUUGUUAAAAAUGUACUUUAGACUGUUUAUUGUAACUGACAUGAAUCUUGUGUAGUGAAUGUGGCACAUUUACCAUAUUUCCCAGGGUCGAAGACACACCCUAGUUUUGACUAGCAAAGCUUUUCAAAUAAAUACUAAACAUAAGAAUAAGGUGCAACACUCAUGAGUAGAUGGCUAUGUUUUGGUUGGUGCAAGUGCACAUUCCAUUAUCUGGAUGCAUUACAUACCAUGGUUUUGGCUGCUGCAAUAUAUUAGUGUAAAUUUUUCCAGUUAAUUUAUUUAAAAAAAUAUUCUGAUUCAUUUUUCCCCACUGAUUAUGGUGAUUUAGUUUUUCUUUAGUUAACAUAGCAGCGAACUGAGAGCUUAAACACAUUGCAAUGUAAUGUACAUGGUAUAAACUGCCCAGCUGUGUUGUGUUAGACAGUUCCUUGGCCAUCAGUGUGUCAGUGCAUUCAAAUGAAUGAAGCUGGAGCUGGUGCAGUAUUUUAAGAUUUUUUGUAUUGGAUGUAGGGUUAUGCAAUAAUGUUUUAUUCUGACAAAGUACAAUGACAUUCCAAAUGAAGAAAAUAUAAAUAGAAUCAAGAUUAAAAUCCACACAGUACAGAUAUUGCAAAUGAGAAAAGCAUUUUAAUCUUCAAAGCCUGAAAAUAUUUUGCACAUUGUUACCAAAUUUACCAAAUGUAAAAAAAAGUGCGAAAUUUUGAGGAAAAUGUCAUGAAAAAUAAUGUAAUAUUACAAAAUUACCCCCUUA